CGCCCUAACGUUAGUUGCUACGUAACUGGUAAAAGAGACAGUUCGAGGACAAAAGGGUGUGGCUUUUGACUGAGCUGUGUAAUUCGUAUCAACCAUUCCACUUCACUUUUUGACUCGCCCAUCGCUCACCAGUAGUUUCAGUUAUUAGCCGUUGGCACCAGGAAAGUCAUUGUGCUGUAAAGGAUCGCCCACUACACUCAGCAAGAUGAGAGAAUACAAACUGGUUGUCCUUGGUAGUGGUGGUGUCGGCAAGAGUGCUUUGACUGUGCAGUUUGUGCAGGGAAUAUUUGUGGAGAAAUAUGACCCUACUAUUGAAGACAGUUACAGAAAGCAAGUGGAAGUAGAUGGUCAACAGUGUAUGUUGGAAAUCCUGGACACAGCAGGAACAGAACAAUUCACAGCAAUGAGAGAUCUGUACAUGAAGAAUGGACAGGGCUUUUUGUUAGUGUACUCUAUAACAGCACAGUCGACUUUCAAUGAUCUACAAGACUUGAGACAACAGAUUUUGAGAGUCAAAGACACAGAUGAUGUACCAAUGCUCUUAGUUGGCAACAAAUGUGAUUUAGAGGAUGAACGAGUUGUUGGAAAAGACCAAGGACAGAAUCUAGCAAGGCAGUUCCAGUGUGCAUUUUUGGAAACGUCAGCCAAAAUGAAAAUUAAUGUCUUAGAGAUAUUCUAUGACUUAGUGCGCCAGAUAAACAAGAAAAAUCCCGGACCCGGUCGACAAAAAAAGAAAAAGAGUGGGUGUGCCUUGCUUUGAGAUCUGAUUAGGUUGAAGCUGAUGCUGCAAUGGUAGACAGUUGACAGAAUGGAUAUAUUUUCUAAUUUAUCUCAUUCCCGUGAUGGCACUUGACAACAAUUACAGAGAGAACUCAAGAUGUUUUUAGGGGCUGGGUCAUUUUUGUGUCAAUGUCAGUUCCUCUAUUUCUCUGUGGUUUAAAUAAAUAUUUAUGUGGAAUUGCUGUUGUUUCAUCUAUACCCAUCUAUUGAACACUAUGACCACCUUUGCUAUUUAUGAACAUUCACAAGUACUGUUAUUGGUGAUUCUUCCAUUUUGAAUUGUUUGUGUCUGCCCCGAUGACCUCACCAGUUGAAAUCCAUUUCGAGAACAUGUGGAAGAAACUUCUUUUGUCUACCACUUGACUCACUAAAGUGUCAGUGAAAAAUUGCAUUCAAUGAACCAUCACCAAAUUGUAAACACAAAACAAUGUGCCUAACCACCAAUGAUUUCUGCACUUGUUUAAAAUUUUCAAGUGUGCUUUGAAGUCAAAGCAUAGCUAAAUGGCCCAUUAAAGUGUUGAAGCUGCUUUCCUUAUUGAUGACAUUUGUUUUGGGUUUUUUUGGGGGUUUUUUCGUUUAUGACAAUUUUAUGAAGAGUCCUAUGCUUUUUGUUUAGAUUGUAAACCUUAGGACAAGUCUUUGUUUUUCUUUUUUGCUUGCACUAGGUUAUGCACAGGAGUCUUGUAAAAAAUUUUACAGCUGAAUGCCCCCAAGGCAAGUGAAAAAGUACCAUUUCUGUAGGGGUUUCUGUCAUCUGAUGAGUUGUAUGUCACUUUUUCCUAUGAUUUUAUUGUUCUUUACAUAUUUCAGUUAUUUUUCCUUCACUUAGAUUUCUUGUGCACAUAUUUAGAGAUUUCCCUUGUUGUUUCUAAAAGAUUCCUUCAGUAGAAUGGGUAUGCCUUUUAAGUUCAUCUAGGUUGCUGUUUUUCAUUGCUACCCCUUCUUCGUUGUUUCAUUGUCAGAUUGUCCAUGGUCGAUAAAAGGGAACUGUAUUCUGUGACAAAAGUUGAUGUUUUCUUUUUACCAGAGAUCAUGAGUACUUUAACCACAAUCAGACCUGGGUCUGCAUUGUGUCUCGUGUCCAGUAUUUCCUCACUCACCCUUUGCCUAAGCUUGUGUGAUUUAACAGUGUUUUCAUGUUUGGUGCAUUUAUGAGCUGCCUGUGGAGGAAACUUUUCCAUCCAGGCUUUGUACAGGAAACAUUUAGGUCGGACAUGGUGCGAUGUAUGUAAUGUUGGUUGCUAUUUGUUUACCGCCCAUGAUAUUUGAGAAGUUGGCGUUGAUGAGUUGUGUAUAGCUAGUUCUAUCCUGUCAUAGAGUGGAAAGUGGUUCUCCACAGUUUCUCAUUGACUAGUGGAUGAAAGUACCCGAACAAGUCGGCCUGAUAAUACCUUAACAGUGCUUCUCGGCAUACCAGUACACCCUUUGUAGCAAGGGACCAAAUAUUGUGCAAUCUUACACAUCUGCUAUACGUUUGUAGCUUGGGCGUAGUCUCUACCCGUUGUGUCCCCGACCUUAGAAUCGCAAAACUUAUUAUGCUGUCCAGCAGUGUAGCUUCUUCUCAUUUAUAACACUAUUUGAAAGAAUAAAGACAUGAUGGCCGACAGGUCUGGUGCUUUUUUUUGAGACUUGGAGAUGACCAGGAAGCUUUACGACUAUGUGUCUAGUCUCUCAAGUAAAUGCCAGUCUUGUUUCCGUUCAAUGUGAAGAUCACAGUUGUUGUAGUGAUGAAGUCCAUGUAGACAAGGCAUUGAUGUGAGUAAUUUGUUGCAGUUUUAGAUUGGUACCAACAGGAAUGUGGGUUAUUUUUGUGUUUUACACUUUUCGAGCCCAGUUGUGAUGUUUUGUAAAGUUAAUAAGCUACACAGUGUUGGUGUGUACUAAUACAUUGCACCACUUACAUUACCUGUCAUGUAUCUUUUUUUUUUUUUACCCUUUUUUAAAAUGUGUUGUUUUUUUUUUAAGUAUUGACAUUGCCAGAGCACAAAACUUUCUUUAAUUAAGCUAAUUACUAGAAGUUCAUAACUUUUUAUAGAGCAUGCAACGGUCUUUGGAAGUGAAACAGGCACAGAUCCUGACUUCUGUGCUGUGUGUAUUCUGUUUGAAAGUUGGUAGAAAAGUGAACAGUUUUUUGUCACUUACCUUAAUAGACAUAGGAUUCCAAGCAAAUUUUCUGGAAAGGGUCUACUGAACUUUUUUAAACAUGGAAUGAGGUUCACAAAGUUAGGAAAUUCCAAAAUCAUGGAAGAAUGCUGUUGGCGUUCAUUGGUAUUUCUCAUUGUUUCUUCCAAUAUUUAGGCCAAUCUGUUUUAUACCAGGUUUAAUUAAAGUGUGUUUACAUCUAGUUCAGUGUUACUUACUCUACGAAAUAGGCUACAGGUGUUACAAGCAUUUUGUAUUGCUUUAGGCGCAGUUUUUGUUGAUGGAAGUGAGAUUUUCAAAAUGUUUGUUUUGGUUGACAUCCACUGUGUGUAUGACAAUGGUUUCUGGAUAACGACAGUAGUCUAAGCAUAGAAGAUUCACAGUAGAGACAGCAGUAAAAUCGUUUCAAGAUCUGGUUUAGAGAUUGACUAUGGUAUUAUUAAGAAUUUAUGAGUGUAAAUGGAGCACUGGUUAAUGAAAAAAUCGAGAAUAAAAUUUGGAAAUUUUUGCUAUAAUAUAGAAAGUUUAAUGAUUAAAAAAGUUUUUUUCCCCCAUUUUUGUCACAAAGCACUGUAUUAGGAAUGAAAUUCUAAUAUUAUGGUUUUGUCACAUUCUGAUAAGUUGGCUCACUUUCCACAAUUACUGUCAUGUUGCCUACCACUCUAAGUGUAUGAAUACAAUUUCUGUGGGCUGAAGUGUUGAACCUUGUUUGACAAAAUUAUUUUUGUAUGUCCAGCCACAUCCAAAUAACAUUGUAUAUUCGUCUAAAUUGUAAUAACUCCGUGUGGAAAGCACAGCAUUCUCAAUCUUUUACAUUCUGUUUAAGUAAGUGACACACAUGUAGGCAUCUGAGCCAAUGAACAAUCACUGGUCAUUAGAGAAAUUUCAUGCUGUGACAGCAACAACCUGACAAAUUGGAUAAAUUGAAGUACUAAAUUCAGACUCCAGGUAUUGUUAGAAGUUCCGGAAAAUGUUGGAUUCAACAGUAUCUAUACAUAAAAUACUAACAAAUUUAGAACGUAUAUAUUGUAGUUGACCUUUCCAUAACCAGCAAUGAAAAAGGAUGUGAUGAGACGUCUGAUGCCUGUCAAGUUAAUUAUAAUGGAUUGUAUCUCAUUACGAACAUGUAAGGGUGGUCUGGAGCUCCUAAUUAUUCAAGGGUGACGAUUGCAAUACUUAAAAAGUAUAUUAUUAUCUUUUUAAUGCCAUGUACAUAAUGCUUCGAAAUAUCCACUUUAAAUUUAAAUCAUAAAUCAGACUGUUGCCCGGAAAUAAUACUAACGUAUGUCCAAGAUGCAUUUUUUAAGGUAAGCAAAAAUUUCUUUGUUUCAAUUUCUGAUUCAAAAAUUAUUUUUUUUUAAAUUUCAGCAAAUUCAGAAUUUUCUGUUAUGGCUGGUACAAUUUUACCCUUAGUAUCAUGUGAUGCGUACGAUUCUGCUGAUUACGGUGAUAUAAAUAUUGUAAAGUUUUGGAUUGUUGACGUGCAAGGGUAUUAUUUCGGAGCAGCGGCUACAACAGAAACUGUCCUCUUCCCUCUAAAACCUUUUCUCAUUCUGUGGAUGGCUUUGGUUCUGUUCAGAGUUUUGGAAUUCGAUUUUUUAUUUGUCAAAUCUCAAUGCCACUUCUUGUCUUUUUGAAAAGAGUACACAAAUGUUUAUUUCAAGUUUAUGCUGUCAUUCGAACACUUGCUUUGGUUUAUUAGGGAACUGAAAAGUGGAUUUCAAGAGUGAUUUCUCAUGCCCAGAUUUUUACACAUUAUUAUUAGCAAAAGGUUGUUUGUCUGUUGUCAGUACUUUUUUGAAGAUUUUUUUUCAGCACGGUCAAGCGCUAGAUAAGCUGCAAGUAAACCAGUGUUUUACUUCCUUCAGAUACAGUUUUUCCCCUUACUCAAUUUUUUUAUUACAUUUUUUGGAUAAUGCUUGUAAGAUUGUACAAAUUACUUGUAAAUUGUUAGAACUGAUGAAUGCUUCUUGGUUAAUCAUUUGUAAUGCUUUUCUCUCUAAGUUGUAUCAUAACGCUGAACAUCACCAUCCAAGUUGUAAUAAAGAUCUAAUUACUACUUAUACAG